AUGAGAGCUCUGACUACUAAAGCAAAAUUUUUCAUAGAGAGCAAUAAAGCAGGCCGCCUGCUAGCCAGAUCACUCAAGAAACAAAGACAUGCUAACUUUAUCAGGUCUAUCACACAAUCCCCAGGAGUGACAGUCAAUAAAAAUGACAAAAUUGCGAACUCAUUUAUCUCCUAUUAUACAAAACUGUACAAUUUAAGAACCUCGACAUCUCCUGAAAGGUCCCGAAUGAUAGAUUCAUACUUAGCAAACAUAGACAUUCCUUCUAUAGAGGAGGACGAUAAAAAUUCUCUUGAUACCCCAAUAACAUUACAAGAAAUCACUACUACAAUAAAAGCACUUCCCAAUGGCAAAUCCCCAGGUUCCGACGGCCUCACAGUAAAACUCUUUCAGCUCCUUCAAGAACAUAUAAGCCCACAACUUUGCACACUCUUCACUGACGUAGACCAAGGUAUAGUUUUCCCAGAAUCCCUUCUCGGGGCGUUGAUCACGGUCAUCCCUAAACCAGAUAAAGCAACAGACUUAGUGGGUAACUACCGGCCAAUUUCACUUAUUAACAUAGACAUGAAGAUCUAUGUGAAAAUUCUCGCCAACAGGUUAAAUAAUAUUAUGCCAAAAAUUAUACACCCAGACCAGAUGGAAGACAGAAACAAGACCACAGUGAAUGAAUUUAUUUUACUGGGAUUCUCAAAUUUUCACCAGUUCCAAUUAUUACUGUUUAUUUUAAUUUUAUUAACAUAUGCUACUUGUAUCACUGGGAACGUUGCUAUCAUUGUUCUUGUUAAGACUCACCAUUCUCUCAACAUUCCAAUGUAUUUUUUUAUUAGAACGUUUGCUGUUUUAGAAAUUAUGUUUGUGUCAGUCACAGUUCCAAAGCUCCUCACCAAUCUCAUUGGGUCAGACAAGAGAAUAUCUUUUACUAGCUGCUUUAUUCAGUUGUACAUUUUUAAUGCCCUGGGGGAAACUGAAUGUUACCUACUUGCUGUCAUGGCCUUUGAUCGAGAUUUGGCUAUUAACAACCCUCUGAGAUAUUCAGCAUUCAUGAGUCGAUUGUUUUGUAUUGAGCUGUCGAUAUUGCCAUGGAUUGUUGGUUUCAUCACUGCUGCCAUUCCCACAAUCUUCACAGCUGCAUUAGAAUUCUGUGGUCCUAAUGAGGUCAACCAUUUUUUCUGUGACCUGGCGCCAUUACAGAAUCUGGCAUGUUCUAAUGCCUACAUCAGCAAUAUAGUUACAAGUAUCAUAGCUGUGAUUGCCACAGUUGUUCCAUUUUUCAUUAUCAUGGGAUUUUAUAUCCAUAUCAUUAUUACUAUAUCUACAAUUAAAAGUAAUGAAGGCAAACACAAAGCUUUUUCCACAUGCUCUUCUCAUCUUAUAGUAGCUAGUUUAUUCUACUGCACAGCUAUGGUUGUAUAUGUCAGACCAAAGGGCAGCCAAUAUGAUAAAUUCUUAGCUCUUACAUACACUGUCAUAAUUCCAGUUAUGAACCCUUUUAUUUAUACCUUAAGAAACAAAGAUGUGAAGAUCGCCCUUAGGAAGUCACUUAGACAGAUUUUCUGUCAAAAUUCAUUUUAUAUGUGA